AUGGAGGUGGAGGGCGAGAGCGAGGCCCUGCAGCAGUUUUUCGAAGCUCAGGGGGCCAGCGACACCCUGGGAAACCUGGCUUUGGAUACAAGUCUGCUGGAGGAGUUCCUGGGCAAUGAUUUUGAUCUGGGGGCCUUGCACCGCCAGCUCCCAGAUACCCGACCCUACUCUGCAUCCGACUCCUGCUCGCCUCCACAGGUCAAAGGUGCAUGCUGCCCGACUGUGAGGACCCCGGCUGCUUUCCCCCACUCUGCUGCUGCACCCCGAACACUGCCCGAGCUCCCCCCACAGAGCUCCUCCCACCUGAGCCACCCCGGCCUCGCCCACCACGACUUUCCCACCUGCGGUCCAGACACCGGCCCUCCCUCCCCCGCCCUGGACCCGUCUGUGUCCUCUCUUCUGGGGACAAGCUGUUCUUACCACCAGCAGCCUCUGUGCCACAGCCCGGGAGCCUCAUUGCCACCAACAAAGAAGAGAAAGUGCACACAGACGCUGGAGGACUCCAGGGACCAUAGAAUGGGGGCCCCUGACUCCAGACCAAUGAUGAGUAGGAGUUACAGCAGCGAAAUGCAAGAUCAUGACAGCGAGGGACAGAACAUGAUGCCUGCAGACCAGUGCUCCCCUGCUCUGAAGUGGCAGCCGUACCAAAGUGUUCCUUGGCAUAGUUUGUUAAAUGGUCAUUACGAAAAACUACCCCAUAUAGGCUAUCGAGUUGUCACAGACAAAGGAUUUAAUUAUUCACCAGCAGAUGAAGCUUUUGUUUGCCAGAAGAAGAACCAUUUCCAGAUAACCAUCCACAUCCAAGUUUGGGGAAGUCCAAAAUUUGUCAAAACUCAAAUGGGUCUAAAGCCAAUAGAAAUGUUUUACUUGAAAGCUUUUGGGGUUAAGGUGGAAGCCACCAAUCAAAUAAUUGCUAUUGAACAGUCCCAAGCUGAUAGGAGCAAAAAGAUUUUUAAUCCUGUUAGAAUUGACCUACUGGCAAACCAAGUCACCAAAGUAACGCUGGGCCGACUACACUUCAGUGAAACCACAGCAAAUAACAUGAGAAAGAAGGGGAAACCAAACCCUGAGCAGAGAUACUUCAUGUUGGUGGUUGGACUGUAUGCUGCUAACCAGGACCAGCUCUAUCUGUUGUCUGCCCACAUCUCUGAAAGGAUCAUUGUAAGGGCCUCUAACCCUGGGCAAUUUGAAAAUGACAGUGAUGCAUUAUGGCAGCGAGGACAAGUUCCAGAAUCUGUUGUCUGUCAUGGUCGAGUGGGAAUAAACACAGAUGCACCGGAUGAAGCCCUGGUUGUCUGUGGCAACAUGAAAGUGAUGGGGACAAUUAUGCAUCCCUCUGACAGCCGGGCCAAGCAGAACAUCCAGGAGGUUGACACAAAUGAACAGCUGAGAAGAAUAGCCCAAAUGAGGAUUGUUGAAUAUGACUACAAACCCGAGUUCGCUUCUGCAAUGGGAAUAAACACUGCCCAUCAAACAGGAAUGAUUGCCCAGGAGGUGCGAGAGGUCCUGCCCAGAGCCGUGAGGGAAGUUGGUGAUGUCACCUGUGAAAACGGAGAGACGCUGGAGAGCUUCCUCAUGAUCGACAAGGACCAGAUCUUUAUGGAAAACGUGGGUGCAGUGAAGCAGCUCUGCAAACUAACCAACAACCUUGAAGAAAGAAUAGAGGAAUUAGAAAUAUGGAACCAGAAGCUGGCCAGGCUCAAGCGGCUCAGUAGUUGGAAGUCCUCAGCCAGUGAAGCGAGCUCCACCAGCAAAUUUAGCAGAAUUGUUAGUACUCCUCCAAGAAGGACCAUUCCCAAAAAAACCAACAAGGUUUAUUUUUCAGGAAAAAAACAGUGGUGUCCCAACUGGAUUUUCCAGACCUUGGUGAUAACGCUCAUUGCUGUGAUGACAUUUUGUGCCUUGACGAUAGUCUCCCUUUACAUACUUAGUUUAAAAGACCAAGACCGACGUGCCCCAAAUCUUUCUGCAAGCAAUAUCACAAGCUCUCAGGAGCCGGCCCUGCCACCCACAGCCUCUUCCUCCUCGGCACCUAAAACAUCUCUGGCAACCACACAAUCCUCAUUCCAAAUACCAGAAAUCACUUUCUGUGAGAUCCUGCCGUGUCAGGAGAUUUAUUGCUGCCCCAUCUGGGGAACAAGAAGCAUCCUCUCCAGUCCUGUGCAAAGACUGUCCAAGAAGAUGAAACCUCAUCAGAGGUCAUGGGCAGAAGACAGAAGCACAUCAUUCCUGGCAGGGGGUGUGCUAUCCAGCCCCGACUGGGGAAGUGACUGGAUUGAUACAACAAUCAGUUCUAUUCAGAUUAUGGAAAUCCAGCAAAUAAUAGAUCGCCGGUAUUGCAGUAGAAGCCUCCAGUGCGGGUCUGGAAAUUACAAUUACAACAUUCCUGUUAAUAAGAACACACCCACCAAUGUCAAAUUCUCUCUGGAAAUCAACACAACUGAGCCACUGAUAGUCUUCCAGUGCAAAGUCACCCUUGGAAAUAUAUGUUUCCAGAGGAAAGGGAAAGCCAAAUGGAUGCAGACCCAGAAAGAAGCCUCUCAGGAGAUGACACAGGGAUACCAGCACAUCUGGAGCCUCCCGGUAGCUCCGUUCUUUGAUAGCGCCUACCAUUUCCGUGUGGCCGCACCGGAUUUAGCUGACUGUUCAACGGAUCCUUAUUUUGCUGGAAUAUUCUUUACAGAUUACUUCUUUUACUUCUAUCGACACUGUGCCUAA